GGACGCUGAAUGGUAUUAUGUGCUCGUUCAGUCUUACGGCAACACUGACCGAUGGCUACAGUGGCGCUUUCCCUCCUAGUCUCGUGCCUCUUUUCCCCAACCAAUCCUUUUCCGGUCACCUUCAUCGCCACAUUAUUCAAUGUUCCUUUAGGUGCAACAUGAUUGCAAACGAUCGAAUCCGUAUGACGGCGUUCUCAGCCUAGGAGGGGCUGAAGCUUGAUCUCGAUACGGCCCCCAAUCUUCCCCAAAAUAGGACCCCAAUACGAUCAACGAUUUCAGCAGCUUCGCACGCUUCAGCCUUGCUUACAUACUAUUCGGCCGUAAAAGUGUUGAGGCUCAACAAGACUUAUGCCGCCGUCAAGACACCUGCGUAAUAACAAACACACAUGAGACUUUGCACCAUCUUGCUCGACUAACCAUUUUCGCAAACCAUGACCACUCCCGCCAUGCUCCCCGUAGCUCGCGCGCGAUCAAGUUCCGUUUCCAGCGAAGCGGGGGAACUCGGUUUGAUUGCACUGCAGGAACCUCUCAGCUCGUCAAGCGUAAAAGCAACGAUCGUCGCCGUGCACGGCUUCGAUGGCCAUUAUACCAGAACAUGGACUAAUCUUGAAGCCGACCCGCCAUUCUUCUGGAUUAGAGAUGGCCUGGGGAAGGACCUGCCGCAAUGUCGCCUUUUGACGUAUGCGUAUGAUGCUUCAAUCAUGCCGACGCCGGAGAAUCCUCGUCAUCCGCUGUUCGAACAUGCUACGAAUUUGCAUAGAGCGUUGAAGACUCAUCUUGAAAAAGAGGAGAACGCCCGCCCCAUCAUAUUCAUCUCUCACAACAUGGGUGGUAUCUUAGUGAAACAGGUGCUUGUUGAAAGCGCAAUGUCGGUGCAUGCCAUCGUCAACAAACAUACAGCUGCAAUCUUAUUUUUUGGUACACCGCACCACGGUCGUCUAGAAAUCGCGUUACUCGAAAGACACAUCUUUCGCAUGAGGAGCGGCUAUUCUCUCGUUGAACCGCUUGCCCGGGAGUCAUCGACACUUUUUUACGAAACCCGUCUAUCACCCCUCGGAGUCAAACAUGGUCUGGUCGUCAACAAAGCUUCAGCUACACUCAACAUACCUCACGAGCGUGUCAUCUCGCUCGAUGAUUCCCACGUAAAUAUGGUGAAGCCUGCAAGUUCGCAGAGUGUCACGUAUUGCCAAGUUCUUCAUUGUCUGCAAAGCAUACUCGACUCGCCUCCCAACGCUCGACGCGCUACUACUGGAAGAGUUGCUUCCGUACUCCCACCUCGAGGAAGUUCUCCCAUUCCCCCAAUCCCAAAUCGCAUCGACUUCACUGGCUAUGUGCAUUUAUUCCGGCAGAACCUACUGUACCAGACCGAAGAGCGUUCCAUUUCGGAUCUGUUGAUGAAUUCUCCAACGGCCUUACUCAAUAGUAGUAACGAACGGUCCAUUGAAGGGGAUCUUGAACCGCUUAUUUGGGUGCAUGUUCCACUCAACAACACAUCGUGGGUCAAUCCUUGUCUGCAAAACAUCAUGGUCGACCAGCAGGCAUACGGCGAUCUUUCCAUCACAGAGCAAAAGUACUGGCUUUCGCACGAGCGCAAGCGCGAAAACAUCCCCCAUUCCCGAUAUUUCGAGCCUUCCGGCUUUCUCAGCAAACAAGACAAAACUACACAGUUCGUCAUCUACCUACCCUACCUGCACUGGGACUCAUCCCAGUGCUUUCUCCGCCGUGCAGCCUUCUCACAUGCCACAAGCAAAGGCAAAGCGAUCGAUAUUCCUCCCGACCUCUCCGACGACGCAAAAGCCACAUACAAAAUCAUCCGCGAUGAAAGCGGGAAAACUUCCGCGUUACAUCCCCGCCGCAGUCUCGAUCAAUUCUUUUAUUCCAGUCUCCCCGAAACAUCAUCGCGGGAUAAAGAUCAGGUCAUUUCGAAAAACACACCGGAAGAUGCGCGCGGCGGCAAGAAGAUGAUCAUGGUGGAUCAACUUUGGCUGUGGAUGCUCGAGACGCGCGAGGAUGCCGUUGUGAAAAGCGAUGGGUCCGUGGUUCCAGGCAGAAUCAAGACGUCUAUUUUCACGUCGUUUCCGAGAAAAGAGAGGGAAGCUGGGGAGGAGGAGCGCGAUCUUGAGGACAUUGCAGAUUUGAGGCAGGCUGUUAUUGAUGAGGCGAAUAGUCGGGAUGAGGAGUGGGCUAGGAACCGCAGCCACUAUGUCGGGCUGGUCAUUGAGCAGGCUGUUAACGUGAUGUUGAGGGUUAGAACAGAGUCUUCUUUGGAUUUUUUGGGUGUGUUUAGGGCUGCUAUUGGUGCUGCUACUGAAACCCAGACAAAAUUCUUCCGCGAAUUCCAAGAAAAACUACACUCCACUUCUUCCGCUUCCUCAUCCCCCUCUUCAUCAUCCUCUACCCUUUCUUCCCCCGAACGCAUCAUCCUCGACGCGCAAACCAAACGCGACGAAGUCGAGCUCGCACUCGAACUCUCGGACAUCAUUGACGAACUCAACAGUCUUACGCGUCUCUUUGAGGCGCAAAAGGACGCCCUCGACACCGCUAUCAAGAUCUUGUCUAGCCAGGAGUUGACGGUCGAAGAGAGGAAGAGGUACACAGGGUUAAGAGAGAAACUGGGGGUCGUUGUCGAGCAGGAUCUGGAGGGGUAUGUUCGGCAGGUUCGACGGAUGGUUGGGGAUGCGGGGAGGGCCAGGGCGAGUCUCAUGAACCUCCUCGACCUCCAGCAAAAAGAAGAAACCCUCGAAGAAGCGCACCACUCGAACCAACAGGCCGCAGCCGCCCGCAAACAAGCCGAUGCCGUGCAAGCGCAGUCGCAGAUCCUGUUACUUUUUACUGUUGUUACGAUUGUUUUUUUUUCUAAUCACAGUACCCGAGAGAGGGGGGAUGAUAUAUAGGCCCCGCUAUCGUUUU